AAUCCUGCUUUGCGAAGGAACACUUUUUCCACGCCAAUUGCAAUAGGAUCUGGUGAUCAGCUUUGCGAUGAGAGUACUGAUCCGAAAGAGGAAAUCAAACGGCUGUUGGAAAGAAGCAGAGCAAGGCAACCCGUCCGAAUUGCUGGUUAUGAAGCCAGGUAUGUUCGGGAUAAUCGGAUCCAGGAGCGGUCAAGCACACAGUGGCAAAUAUUUUAUAAUAUUUUCAAGAUGCCUUCUGCCCACCACGCCCCAGAUGACAGCAUCGUUGCCUCCUUUGACGAGACGAUCCAGAAGUCGUCCAAGGCUGCUGCAACGCCCGCAGAUGCCUAGGAGAGGGGAGCAAUCACCGCUCGGCUGCAGGCCUUUUGCGUCCAGAAGCCAAAGUAGGAGUAGAAUGGCAACAGCUGAUGCCCCUAUUCCUUCCGAGCCGGGCAAGAAGAGAAGGAGAUGUCAAAGGAACAAGUUAGGUAGGUAAAA